UUAGUAGCCUUCCUUUAAAACAGAAUGUAUUUUAUUUUUCAGUUCCAUUCUUACUGUGGACUCAAGCAGUGAUGAAGAACUUGAUUACUUUGUGUCUGGACUGAACGUGCAGAAAGGGAACAUCAGCUACAUGGUGAUCGACUCAGACUCUGAUGAUGGAUGCCUCUGUAAGCAAAAGAGAGCUAAGAUAGCUGAAAUGCAUAUCAAAGAUGAGAUUGUGGAAGUGUCUGAUACCGAUGAGCAGCCGCCCCAGGACUCUCCAAUACUUAUCAGUGAUGAUGAUGAUGAUGAUGAUCGUAAUGACUUGGAGGGCCCUGUGCUAAUAGAAGAUGAUUCGUGUGAUGAGGACCCAACUCCCUCAAAUGAGAAAAAGAGGGAUGAGUUUGUUAUCUCCCAAAACAAAUCAUCUCAUGAUGUUGGUAAGCAGGAUCUUGGGGAAAAUGUCUGCCAGCCACCAAAUGGCAAUCCUAAGGCUGAGCUAGAGAUUUCAAAAGGAAAGUUGUCAAGUGAUGAAGAGGCUGUACUUGUGGCACAACCAAGGAAAAGGAAAAAUAAAACCAAAAACAUACCUGUGACACCUGUUGUUAAAAGAGAAAAGGAGCAUGUGCCUUCAAAGAAGAAUCCCAGCACAGCAAAAUUUGAACAAUGCGAGCCUGGGAAUUCUGAGUGCAAAAUACCUGGAUGUUUCUUGCGUGGCAUUGAGAACUCAAAGCAGUAUUCUGGAAAGAAUUUCAAGCAAAAUAAGGAUGAACUGGUUCAGAAAAUCUACGCUUUGUGUAACAGCUCUGUCUUUGAUAAAAAGCUGCCGGAGAAAAUUGACAUCAGCUGGAGUAAAAAGAUGCUGAGAACUGCUGGUUUAUGCACCACUGGCGAGACUCGACACCCGAAGAGGGAGCGUUAUGCUAAGAUUCAGAUUUCUCAGAAAGUCUGUGACUCUGCAGACCGACUCCGGGAUACUUUGAUCCAUGAGAUAUGCCACGCAGCCUCCUGGCUGCUCGAUGGCAUCCGUGAUUCUCAUGGUGUCGGAUGGAAGUAUUAUGCCCAAAAAUCGAAUAUGGUGCACCCAGAGCUGCCCAAGGUCACCCGUUGCCAUAACUACAAGAUUAACUACAGGAUUCAUUAUGAGUGUACUAAGUGCAAAUUCAGGGUCGGCCGCUACACCAGAUCAUUGGACACCGACCGCUUCAUCUGUGCCAAGUGCAAGGGCCCUCUGGUCAUUCUGCCAUUAACUCGGAAAGAUGGAACCCCCAUUGAGCCCCAUGUGAGACCAUUUGCCAAGGUUCUGUUGCUAACCAUUUUGUGCUGAUACCCAAAAGCACUUUGGAUCUACCUUGGGUCUUACUUAGAUGCUGUAGUUUUAACAUGUAGAACAAAAUGCGAAAGAGAAAUGAGUUCUGGAGAGUGGCACGUUGAGAGAAUGAGAGGCAUGCUGACAAGAGAACAAGUUUUAAAGACAGUACUUCAAAACCAGGGCUGCUGUCAGAUGUAACCUGUUACACCUAUCUGGAAGUGAAAUACAGACAUGUUUCAUGAACUUAGUUGCUCUUGACAUUGUAUGAAGCCACCUGAACAAUGUAAC